GCUCCAAGAGUCCAUUGGGAAGCCCCCCCGCGCAUCCCAAAAUGUUUAAAGGAGCCAAAAAAACGACUGUCAAUGACAUGUGUGGUCAACCAACGUUGCGGAGCACUUUGGUAACAGAGCACGCGGGUCAUGCUGAUUCGGAGUUUGAAGAUUGCGAACUUCUUGGUCAAGGGGCGUAUGGCAUGGUGCACAAGGUGCAAGACAAGGCUACUGGGCAAAGCAAAGUUCUCAAAUCAGUUGUGCGGCCAGAUGGAUGGGAUGACGAACGCCUGAAAUUAGAGGCGAAGAUUUUACAGAAUUUGGAUCACCCGCACAUCCUCCGCAUAUUUUCCUGGUAUGAAGACGGUGACUCGAUCAACAUUGUCAUGGAGCAUUGCGACGGCGGCGAGCUGCUCAAGGUUGUCAGAGAAGGGCGCCGGCAAGGAGAUGCUUUGCCAGAACGGUGGGCAGCUGCCAGCAUCCGGCAAAGCUUUCAAGCAUUGGUUUACAUCCACUCCAAGGGCGUGGUCCACAAAGACUUGAAAGGCCAGAAUUUGCUCUUGUUGCAUGAUACGCGAGAAGAUGGCAAUGUUUUUGCUCGCCUCCCCCACGUUGUCAUUUGCGAUCUCGGCAUUGCAGAGAUCUGCUGCCGUGGCAUUUUUGGCCUUCGCGGAAGCAAGGUAGCGGGCACUCCGGCCACCAUGGCACCCGAGGUUUGGUCGGGCAGUUGCGGGCCCAAAAGCGACGUGUGGAGCAUGGGGUGCGUGAUGUUUGAGAUGUUCACCAAUAGAUUACCGUUCGAGGUCCGGGUAAAUGCAGAAGGUGCUGCAAAGCAGCAGGCAAAGUGGGUUGAGCUGCAUAGCAAAGGGCCGAAUUGGAAUAUUCUAAGAUGCAGUCAAGACGCGCAAUCCCUGUGCAAACAGCUGCUUACCUUUCGCGAGAAUGCUAGGCCCAGUGCCGCAGAAAGUUUGCAGCACACCUGGCUGAAGAUGAACCAAGCAGAGGAAGUCACCUCAGAAGACUUUGAAAAGCUUUGCUCGGCUGUGCUGACCUGGCGAGAUCGCUCGCCUUGUCAACGCGCAUUCUGCCUCAAGGUAGCAGCAAAUUGCACCUGCAUCGACAAGUUUGCGAAGCUUUUCAUAAAGUUUGACACAGACAACAGCGGUGUUCUGGACACCCCAGAGUUGGUGUCAGCGUUGGUUUCUGUUGGUAUUUCAAAAGAGCUUGCCAAGAAGACUGCCAAAGCAUUGGACGUCAAUGGCGACAAUUCCUGCGAGUACCUGGAGUUUACAGCCGCAUGCUUGCUUUCCAUGGAGGA